UCGCUCGAAAGAUGAAGGCUCUGGUGAUUCUGGUCGCUGUAUCCUGUUGCUCAGCACAGCUGGUGCUGCCGUACACGGCGCCCUGGGUGCUGCCUCAAGCGAAGCUGAUCACUACUCCUGAGGUCAAGACUGAUCUCAAGACCGUUCCUUUGGUCUCCCCUUACGCCCAUCCCUUCGGACAUCCCUUCGUGGCUUCCCCCUAUGCCUUCCACCACGCUGCCUACCCCUAUGGAGCUUACCCCUACAUCCUCAACGCCGAUGAUACUCUCAAGGCCACAGAGUUCCCUUACAUUUACCAAAAGCCAGAACAGGAGCCAGCUGUAGAAGAGGCACGUCGUCGUCGCCGCGAUGUCCAGAUCCCCCUCCCAUACCUUCACGCUGUACCCACCGUCACCAAGCACACUGUGGAGACCAAGCAGUUCGAGCCCAUCGACGCCAACACCCCCGCCGACACCACCAAGAUCGAACUCACCACCAAGGAGCACGAGAUCUCCGUGCCCGCCGUCAAGUACGUGCAGCCCGUAGUCAACGUCAAGCCCGUCACCUACACUGCUCUCUCCCACGCCGUCCUUCCCUACGCCCAUGGCCUUCCUUACACCCACGCCCUUCCCUACGCCCACGCUCUUCCAUACGCCCACUAUCCUGGCCUUGUCGGCUCCCCCGUCAUCAAGCUUGACGAGGAGUAAUUCCAACUUUUCUGUCGUCCUUAAUCUUCCUCACAAAAAACGACACUUUCUAAUGGAAACUCAUCAGUUGAAUUCAAACAUACGCGAUGUGUUUACCAAUCUGAGUGAAAUGAAAGAAAAUAAAGUUAGUAAUUCCCGAAAAUGCAAAAUAUAAAAAUCUACUGAAAAUUACAAAGUGAAAAACAAAUCAGAAUAUCAUCUAACAAAAAAGGUGUGCAUAUGAUACGUACAUCCAAAACCAUCAACC